GACCGGGGAGAAGAACUCCAAGGAGACACUAUUCACCUCCCCUCUCCUCUCCUCUCGACAGCGGCGGCGAACCCAGAGUCGAUCUCCCACUUUCGACCACUCUCUUUCUCCUUUCGUCUUCUCUUCUUCUUCUUCUUCUUCUUCUUCUUCUUCUUCUUCUUCUUCCAAUCCUCCCGAAAUCCUCACUGUUCAUUGUCUUCUAUCCAGUAAACAGCAGCGAUGCAACUCCCCUUUCAUUCCCCACUCGAUUCUAGCAGAAACCCAACCUCUUCCGGUCCUAAUCAUCCGUCGAGCUCCUUCCAUCUGUAAACUCCGUUGUUCGAACUGUGUAAGAUACCGUAGCGCCGAUCUGAAAAUCCGAUGUAAAUUGGUUGCUGAACCUUGGGAUUGAAGGUCGUCUUCACUCCAGUUGCUAUCCCAUUGUAAUCCAAGUAAAUCCUCACCAUUCAAGUGUUAACAAUCCAGUACCGAAGCAGAUCAAAAGUCCCUUACAGCAUUGUUUCUCAGGCGAAAUCUCGAUUCAGGACUAUUUUCUCAAUAACCUGAAUGAUCUCUAAAUUUCACUUUUGAGGGAAAGGAGGAAUGUCUCUUCGCAGGCCUCCACUCCCACGAAUCCUUCUUAACAAUGUCUCCUGCAUGCGAAAUGCCCAAACCAUCCUCCGCAACAUCAACGUCUCCAUCCACGAUGGAGGUGCACUUGUGCUCACAGGCACCAAUGGAUCAGGCAAGUCAACCUUCCUGCGCAUGUUAGCAGGGUUCUCUCGACCGUCAGCAGGAGAGAUCCUUUGGAAUGGCCAUGAUGUUACCCAAUCAGGUGUCUUCCACCAGUACAAGCUCCAGCUCAACUGGCUAUCCCUCAAAGAUGCCAUCAAAGACAGGCUUACAGUGCUGGACAACGUUCAGUGGUUUGAAGUCUUGGAAGGCAAGUGCGGGAAAGCCAUGGGUGCUUUAGAGCUAAUGGGGUUGGGCCGAUUGGCUAACGAAAAGGCAAGGAUGCUCUCCAUGGGGCAGCGAAAAAGGCUUCAACUUGCGAGGUUACUGGCUAUAGACAGGCCGAUUUGGUUGCUGGAUGAGCCAUCAGUUGCAUUGGACGUUGAAGGGGUGAGACUGUUGGAAUACAUAAUUGCAGAGCAUCGGAAAAAGGGUGGGAUUGUCUUCGUAGCUACACAUUUACCUAUUGAGAUUGAGGAUGCCAUGUGUUUGAGAUUACCACAGAGGUUCCCAAGAAGGAAAACCUUGGUUGAUCUGGUUCGUUGAAUUCAUAAUCUUCCAAAUGCCAUCUGAUCUGUAGAUUAUUUUGCAUAAUCCAUGGCAUGGGGAUAUAUAAAAAAUAUUAGAGUUAUGGUAUAAGCCUGUCUGGUGCUAGGAAAUGGGAUGUGCCAACUCUUUAUCUCCUCACUUCAGUUCUGUUUGCUGGGACUGGGAUUGCCACUUCUGUAAAAGAGGAAAUGGGAUGUGCUCCAAUCCCAACUCUUACUACUAAGGCUCAGUUUGGAAGGAGUACGCAGAGUGCAAAACCUUGAAUUUUGUAUUAUUUUGCAUGCAUUUGUACUGUACAUACAUAUAUAUAUAUAUAUAUUGUACUAUUUCCAAACUAAGCCUAAAUGACAAAAAUUGGAGGCUUAAACUAGUGUAGUGGGAUAUGAGGACAAUAAGUUAAUAAUAGCAUUUGUGACAAUGACAUGGAAUUUAUUAUUAA